AUGGCAGCUGAGAAAGCUGAAAUGGAUGCACUGAAAAAGGAGUGCGAUGGCCUCCGUACACAGAUUGAGACGGCUCGUAAGGGCGUGAACGACUCAUCUAUGUCAAAGGCAGCAGGUGGUGUGGCCGCCGUGGGUAGGGUCCAACUGAAGCUCAGGAAGACACUCAAAGGUCACCUGGCCAAAAUCUAUGCCAUGCACUGGUCAGCAGACUCCAGGCAAAUGGUCAGUGCAUCACAGGAUGGCAAGCUUCUCAUCUGGGACUCCUUCACAGGGAACAAGUUGGUUGCUGUCCCACUAAAGUCUGCUUGGGUGAUGAGUGUUGCUUUCGCCCCCUCUGGUGGUCUCGUGGCCAGCGGUGGUCUGGAUAACAUCUGCACAGUCUACAAUAUUAAGGCUGCCAGCCCCAAGACCCUCAGGGAGCUGGAUGCACACACAGGUUACCUGUCCUGCUGCCGUUUCCUUAGUGAUACUGAGAUCCUGACAGCUUCUGGUGACACCACCUGCUGUCUGUGGGACCUGGAGACUGGCAAGCAGAAGACUGUCUUCACCAACCACAUUGGAGACUGCAUGUCACUGGCUCUCUCCAAUGACAUGAACACCUUCAUCUCUGGAGCCUGCGACUCUCUGGCCAAGCUGUGGGACUUGAGGGAAGGGACCUGCAAACAGACCUUCUCUGGACACACCAGCGACAUCAAUGCUAUUGCUUUCUUCCCCAGUGGAAAUGCCAUCAUCACAGGCUCCGACGACUGCUCCUGCAAGAUGUAUGACCUCCGCUCCGACCAGGAGGUGCUUGACUACACAGACAGCAGCCUGAAUGCUGGCGUCACAUCUUUGGCUCUUUCCAACUCUGGCCGACUUAUCUUUGCCGGUUAUGAUGACUUCAACUGCCAUAUCUGGGACUCACUGAAGGGAGAGAAAGUUGGUGUGCUCUCUGGCCAUGACAACAGGGUGAGCUGCACCGGCGUCCCCGCUGACGGCAUGGGCGUUUGCACAGGAUCCUGGGACAGCUUCCUCAAACUGUGGAACUGAGGAGUUGCAAUGAAGAAAAACACCUCUAGAAGAAAAGAAGAGGAGGAGGAGAGGAGGGGGAGUGGGUGAAGUUAGGCAAAUUGAAAGGAGAGGGAAAACUAGGAGAUGAGAGAAGAAAAUGAGGAUGUAUUAAAGCAGGCCUUCUUCUCUUACUGUCUUCCUCUCUUCUUCUUCCUUAUCUAUGUAUGCAAAAUAUGAGCAGUUGUGAAUGAGCCACAUUGUAUAAAUGGCAUCAGGUAAACAAUGCACAAUGCAUCCUGCUGAAUGUACAGAAGAGUUUUAACUGUUGUCCAGAUGAUUUAAAUCCACAACACAUUUUUAAAAAUAGCUCACACUAUUCUUAAGGAUAUCAGAGCAGAAAAUAAGCUCUUAUUUGAAAUCUUCAGACACAUUUAGAUUUUUGACAAUGACAGAAACAAAGCUUAAAUAUUGAAAUAAGACUAUAGAUUUAAGAAAUUUAUUUUUGUCUUUGAGAUCUUUGACCUGUAAAAGAGCCCUGCACUUAGAUGGAAGACUGACAUGUAAAUUCAUUUGUACCUAAUAGUUCAACCAUUAGAAAUAAGAGUUGAUGUACAGUGUCUUUUUUUUUUUUUUUUUUUUCUUUUUUGGGGGCUGCACACAUCCAGAGUGUAUAUGUAUAUUAGAACAGUCAUAGGUCUCCUGCGAACAACCAGCAGGCUUUAAUCCAAGAUGGCUGCUGCAGUUUUUCCAGUAUCACCGUAACAAUGUGAUGUACCAAGAUGAAUGAGGGUUUAAAGUUGGAGCUGGGCUGGCAGACAGACGAGGAGCAGUCCAAACUAAAAACCAAAGCACUCUGUUAAGACCUGUAAACUUUAUUUUACUUCUCUGGGCUCAGCUGCAUUUUGUAGUACACAUGUGCAAUUCUAAUGUAAA